CUAAAUUUGCUCUGCUCAGUUGUUUUUUACAGUACAGAGGAAUGAAAUGUCUCAAAAAGAGCAACAUUCUAGAAAACAGUAGUUUUCUUCCAAAAUUGCCUCAUCUGUGGAGGAUUCUUUUGAUGAACACUUCAUCAAAGGGUUCUUCUGCAUCUGAAAAAUAAGUAUCAUGCUAAAGCGGGAGGGGAAAGCCCGACCUUACCCUGAAACCCUGGAUGGAGGAUGGGCAUGGAUGAUUGUAUUUCAUUUUUUCCUGGUAAAUGUAUUUGUGAUGGGGAUGACCAAGACAUUUGCAAUUUUCUUUGUGGUCUUUCAAGAAGAGUUUGAAGGCACUUCUGAGCAAACUGGCUGGAUUGGUUCCAUCAUGUCAUCACUUCGCUUUUUUGCAGGUCCCCUGGCUGCUGUUAUUUCUGAUAUACUUGGAGAGAAAACUACCUCCAUUCUUGGGACCUUAUUUUUUACUGGUGGAUAUCUGAUUAGCAGCUGCGCUACAAGCAUUCCCUUUCUUUGUGUGACUAUGGGACUUUUACCUGGUUUAGGUUCUGCUUUAUUGUACCAAGUAGCUGCUGUGGCAAUCACUAAAUACUUCAAAAAACGACUGGCUCUUGCCACAGCUAUUGCUCGUUCUGGGAUGGGACUGACAUUCCUGUUGGCACCCUUUACAAAAUUACUGAUAGAUUUAUAUGACUGGACAGGUGCCCUUAUAUUAUUUGGAGCUAUCACAUUGAAUUUGGUACCUUCUAGCAUGCUCUUACGGCCCAUUCAUAUUAAAAGCAAGCACAAUUCUGAUACUAAAGAUAAAGGUAGCAGUUUGUCGACAAGUGGUCCAGAGGCAUUGCAUGGGACAGAAACAUCGUGCGGUAAGACACAAUCUGCCAUCAAGGACAGUACUACGCAGAAGGCUGAACAACCUGAUCAAAGUGUACUAGUCUCACAAAAUCCAACUGAAGAGUUCAUCAACAGGCCUAACAGGAAUAGACAAUCAGUACUAAGUAAUAAAGAAAGUUAUGAGAAAAAAGCUAUUCCAUGGAAGUGCCAACAAAAUCUCUUCGAUAUUUCUCUCUUUAGGAAUCCUUUCUUCUACAUAUUUACCUGGUCAUUUCUCCUCAGUCAGUUGGCAUAUUUUAUCCCUACCUUUCACCUGGUGGCCAGAGCCAAAACACUGGGGAUUGACAUCAUGGAUGCCUCCUACCUUGUUUCUGUAGCUGGUAUAACUGAGACAGUCAGUCAAAUUAUUUCUGGAUGGGUUGCCGAUCAAAACUGGAUCAAGAAGUAUCACUACCACAAGUCUUACCUCAUCCUCUGUGGCAUCACUAACCUACUUGCUCCCUUAGCCACCACCUUUCCACUCCUUAUGACUUAUUCCAUCUUCUUUGCCAUUUUCACUGGCGGUUACCUGGCACUGAUACUUCCUGUACUGGUUGACCUUUCUAGGAAUUGUGGAGUACACAGAUUCCUGGGACAUGCUUCUUUCUUUGCUGGGAUUGCUGUCCUUUCUGGACCACCUAUAGCAGGCUGGCUAUCUGAUUAUACUCAGACGUACACCUGCUCUUUCUACUUCUCUGGCAUAUGUUAUCUCUUCUCUUCAGUUUCCCUUUUCCUUGUACCACUGGCUGAGAAAUGGAAAAACAGAGUCUGACCAGAAAGAAAGAAGACUGCAAUCAACUCACAGCUCAACAGAAGAAAAUCUGAACUAAUGAAUCACUGGAAACAAAAGUUCAGAAAAAAAGUUUCCUCAUUUGUAAAAUGGUAAAGUAAACCAGACGGUUUUUAAGGCUCCUUCUUGGUUUAGCAUGCUAAGGAAUGUCUAAUUGGUAGUAAGAAAAGAGAAAUAGCAAAUAAAGUGGUGUGUUCACAACUAAUAAAAUAGACUAAAAUUUUGAUCAGUUGAAGCAGCUACCUUAGGUAUUAGAUGAAAAUCAGACUAUACUAUAGCAAAUUAAUCCAAACUCUCAACUGUGCUAUUGUAAUCUGGACACUAAAAUAUAUGAGAACAGAAACCUGUUUUUCUUUAAAAAAAAAAAAUUAGAUUAGCCAUUGGUUGACUAGAAUUUUAGAAUCUGAAUUAAUAUUAAAACUUUACUAAGUGACUGGAAUGGCAUGCGCCCCCUCAAAAGUUUACCACUGUCUAUUGAUCAGAGAUCACUCUUGUUUUUUAAUUAGCUUCUUAAAUUGCUAUGUAACAAAAAUAAAUAAAAGUACCAUAAAAACUCUUUAUCUCAAGAUCAUUUGGAUUCCUGCCCAUCCAAAUAUUACUUUCUGACUACAUUCAAUUAUCUAAAAUAUUUAUGCUAAAUAUCUACAUGUUCCUUUAGAACUACAAGUUUUAUAUGACAGUUAAAUAGGUUUUUUGUUUGUUUGUUUGUUUGUUUUUUCUGGAGAGGUUUGUGCU